AUGAAUAACGAGUACGAUUAUUUAUUCAAAUUGUUGUUGAUUGGAGAUUCGGGUGUCGGUAAAUCAUGCUUAUUGUUAAGAUUCGCUGACGACACAUAUACACCAGACUACAUCUCCACUAUUGGGGUUGAUUUCAAAAUCAGGACGAUAGAGUUGGAUGGCAAGACUAUCAAAUUGCAAAUCUGGGACACUGCCGGCCAAGAACGUUUUAGAACUAUCACCUCGUCCUAUUACCGUGGUGCCCAUGGUAUCAUUAUUGUUUACGACGUUACAGAUCAAGAGAGUUUCAACAAUGUCAAGCAAUGGUUGCAAGAGAUUGACCGUUAUGCAACCGGCGGUGUCAUGAAGUUGUUGGUGGGAAACAAGGCAGACUUGGCUGACAAAAAGAUUGUCGAGUACACCGCAGCCAAGGAAUUUGCCGAUGCGUUGGAUAUCCCAUUUUUGGAAACUUCAGCAUUGAGCUCAACUAAUGUCGAGCAGGCUUUCUACACCAUGGCGAGACAAAUCAAAGCCCAAAUGACCAGCAACGCCAACGUUGGCGGCGCGGGUGCAAACAAGGGAAAGAGUAAUGUCAACUUGAGAGGAGAAUCAUUAACUUCAAACCAAUCAAAUACCUGUUGUUAG